CCAACUCAUUCGCUGAUGUUUUGUCAACCGCUCAACAACGUGUUGUUAGCCAGUGUUCGGUGUGUGUUCCGGUAAACUGUUUGACGGUAUUUAGCGAAAUUACUUAAUUUUAUAAGGAUAAGUUUAAAGAGCAAAAAUAUAUUCGAGACUUAAUAAGGAAAAAAAGUGUUGGAAACGUAAUAUGAUAAUUUAAAUACAACAACUUCGAAAUGUGGAAAUUCUUGGCAGUUGUUUUAGUUUUAAACUUGGCGGUUCAUGAAAGUGGUGCCAUACGCCCGGCCACCACCAGCGACGCACAAACAAAAUGUGGUUCAGUGUUGUGUGAGAUGGUCUCUGAGGUGUUCAGCAAAGCCAAGUUGAGUUAUGGUUACAAUUAUGUGCACACAAUACCAGCGGGAGCGAUGAAUUUAACGAUCAAACAGCUGGCACGAAGUGAUAAUUUACUGGCACUCAAAACUACCGACGAUAUGUUCCUGAUUAACGGUAACAAUCGUGCUUCGGAUAGUGGCAUAUUCGAGUAUAAUGAUGACAGCUAUGAUUACAAUCGCGAAUUGAGCAUAAUCACUUCGAAGGGACCAAUAAGCAAAUCAGUUGUUCUACUGCUCUUUGUGCGCGGUCACAAUACCGGCGUCAAAUAUGACUAUACGCUUCCCGUACCGUCGGCUUCGAUAACCGAGGACGAGGAGUUGCAGUCACAGUGGAACGAGGUGGGUCAGCCGCUGGACGACUUGGAAGAAAACAACAUCGAUGGCUCAGUUUCGGCGCAGAUCGCACGCGCACGCGAACGCAAACGUCGCAAGUUCUCAUGGAAGCUGCUUGGCUUCGGUGAAUGUAAUCGCUCUUGUGGACCCGGUGUACAACCACCUAUUUUCCGUUGCAUACGCGAUUCACCGACGCGUUACUACUCACCUAAGCGCUGCGCCUUCGUCGAGAAGCCAGUCUUCAGUGAGGAUAUCUAUCAUUGCAAUCGGGGACUGUGCGCCGCGUAUUGGCGUGCUGGUGAAUACGGGGAAUGUAAGUGUGCUGACGGUGAGGCCGAGGGCGUACGUUCACGUUACGUGAAUUGCGUGCAGGAGCAAAACAAUGGCAAGGUGGAGGUAGUCUCCGAAGAUUUGUGUGAGCAGGAGAAGUUGCCACAGUUGAAUGAGACCUGUAAUUGCCCGAAACUUAAUCGGCGUAAGAUCUACGCACGCGGACCCGACAAGACACCACGUGUCUUCUCGCGCUUGCUAGGCGCGCCGACUAUGGUGCGCAGCAUUUACAACUCAACCACGCCAUUGCGGCGUCAUCUGCGCGACGAUCGUGUGGACAAAGCGGGCGUGUGGCUGAUGUCGGGCUGGAAUCAAGAGUGUUCGACCGAUUGCGGUGCAGGUUUUGAGCAUCGCUCGAUCUACUGCGAUCGCACGCCACCCUAUACCGAUCUGUGUGAUUUACGUUUCACGCCAGAGCAGAAACGUAUCUGUAGUGGGAGCCAACAAGCUGCCGCAUGCCAGUAUGGCACAUGGUUCGCUUCCGAAUGGAGUAAUUGCACCGGUGAUUGCUUUAAUCUGCAACGCAAGCGUGCUGUGCUUUGCCUGCGAGAUGGUGUGGCGGUGGAUGAGUCGGAAUGCGAUCUGCUAUUGCGACCGCGUGCUGUUAUGAAUUGUACACACAAGGAGGUGACGUUCUGCGGACCCAAGUGGCAUUACUCCGAGUGGUCGGAGUGUUCCCGCUCUUGUGGUGAAGGUGUUCAACGACGUUAUGCCAAAUGUCUGGAGUUUGAUUGGAAACAAAAAGCAAUGGUCGAAUCGAGCAAUUGUAAAUAUUUGGAACGUGAGCCGGUCUAUGGAACGUGUAAUGUGCAGAAGUGUGAAGAACUCAACACACUGUUCGAUGUGGAGCGUGAUACUUUGAAGCCAGUUGAUCCACCUGUCAAUUGCAAAGAUGAUGUGAGUAAUUGUCAGCGAAUAAAUCGACAACGAUUGUGCAAAUUGCACUACUACAAAACUUACUGCUGUGCAACAUGCAGCGGAUUUGCUUAGUAAAUGCGUGCGCCAACAACAAGUAGUGGAAAUGUGUGGCAGUAGAGGAGUACAGACGAGAAAGUUUUGCCACAACAGCUGCGGAGAAGCACAACGCAUUUAAUUGUAUUUAAAUUAUUUGCUUCAACGACAAUAACUAUAACUCUAACUGUAACAAUAA